GCAUCUGGAAGACAAAUAUCUUAAACAUCUUUAAUAGAAAGCAUGACAUCAUGCUACUGGAACUUUCUGAGCCACUGACUGGGAUUCAGCCUGUAGCCUUACCUGACUGUAACAACCCUCCUAAAAUAGGAGACGUCGUUCAGGUUGCAGGACUUGGUGGGUAUAUGGUAAAUGCGGCCGGCCACACACUCCCUGGCCAACCACCUCAUCUCCAGUGUGCAAACAUGCAUGUUGUUGACUGUAAGCUUACCAGAAACUCUCGAUGUGAUUCAGAUGUGCCGUAUAACAACAGGCUGUGUCUGGAAGAACCUAAUGUAGAUGUACGUGAGGGUGAUUCUGGUGGUGGAGUGAUAUACAACAACAUGAUUUAUGGUGUAAUCAAGAGCACUGGUAAACGUGUCUGUACUGGACCAGUUGUUACUGUAAAAGUCUGUCCUUACAUGAAAUGGAUAAACCAGAAAAUUAAUCCAAAAAAAUAA